GACAUCUAGAUUGCGGCCGAGCAGGGAGCGCCUGGGACGCUGAGAGAAGAAAGAGAGAGAGAGAGAGCUAGAUGUCAUUUACAGGAUACUAACCCAAAAGAUAGAAGGACGCAGCAGAUUGACGCAGCGCACCACGCACGGUCUCUACUUUGGAUGCCUCACUGCUAUCGCCUCCUUGGAGAUGUAGUUGCAUUCUUGAGAAAAUCCCAAGAAGGCAUUUGUUGUUACUAUAGUUGAUGAGAGGAGUGAGAGCUGUUCAGGCUCCGUUUCCUGUUUGCCAGCGCGCCGCAGCUGGCUGAACCCCGCAGGGCGCUCCAACCCCCGGACCCCGAACCCCGAGCCCCGGACCCCUCACCACAACCUCCGGACAAUGUGCGACCUGAUGCCAGCCUCACAGGCCCCGCAGAAGAUCGGGAAAAUGAAAAAGUUGAGGAGAACUUUGUCGGAGAGUUUCAGGAGUAUUGCUUUCAAGAAAGAGGACAGCGGCUUUGAUGAGAUAUGUGUCACAAAGAUGUCCACACGCAGCUGCCAGGGAACAGACUCUGUCAUCAAGCCCCUGGACACCAUACCUGAGGACAGGAAGGUGAGAGUGCAGCGCACGCAGAGCGGCUUCGACCCCUUCGAGAAGCCCGUCAGCCAGGUGAAGAGGGUCCACUCGGAGAACAAUGCCUGCCUCGCCGCCAAGACCACGUCCGCCAGCAAGGAGUCACCCAAACUGCGCCGGCACUCCAGCCCCAGCUCUCCUACAAGCCCCAAGUUUGGAAAGGCAGACUCCUAUGAGAAGCUGGAGAAACUGGGAGAGGGAUCCUAUGCUACAGUUUACAAAGGAAAGAGCAAGGUGAAUGGGAAGCUGGUGGCUCUGAAGGUGAUCCGUCUGCAGGAGGAGGAGGGGACGCCCUUCACCGCCAUACGAGAGGCAUCCCUCCUGAAAGGCCUGAAGCACUCCAACAUCGUGCUCCUGCAUGACAUCAUCCACACCAAGGAGACCCUGACGCUGGUCUUUGAAUAUGUGCACACAGACCUGUGUCAGUACAUGGACAGACACCCUGGGGGGCUCCACCCGGACAAUGUGAAGCUGUUCCUGUUCCAGUUGCUGAGAGGCCUGUCCUACAUCCACCUUAGGUACAUCCUGCACCGCGACCUGAAACCACAGAACCUGCUCAUCGGAGACACCGGAGAGCUGAAACUCGCUGACUUCGGCCUGGCCAGAGCCAAGUCGGUCCCCAGCCACACCUACUCCAACGAGGUGGUGACCCUGUGGUACCGGCCCCCUGAUGUCCUGCUGGGGUCCACAGAGUACUCCACCUGCCUGGACAUGUGGGGAGUGGGCUGCAUUUUCGUUGAGAUGAUCCAAGGAGUGGCUGCCUUCCCCGGGAUGAAGGACAUCCAGGACCAGCUGGAGAGGAUAUUCCUGGUCAUCGGCACCCCGUCAGAGGAGACCUGGCCUGGUGUUAAUUCUCUGCCACACUUCAAACCAGAUCGCUUUACAGUGUACAGCCCCAAGAAGCUCAGACAAGCCUGGAAUAAGUUGGGCUACGUGGACCACGGCGAGGAGUUGGCCUCCAGGUUCCUCCAGUGCUUCCCAAAGAACCGGCUGUCUGCCCAGGCAGCGCUGAACCACGAGUACUUCAGCAACCUUCCUCCGCGGCUCUGUGAGCUGCAGGACAUAUCGUCUAUCUUCACCGUACCAAAUGUCAAGCUGCAGACAGAGAGCGGGGACAGCAUACAGGUGUGUGCGCGCAGGAACAGCCAGGGGAAGGCUUCCUCUGGAGGCAAGCACUGACCUGCUGACAGGCGGCUGCUGUAAAGAAAGCUGAAGACAGAGAUGCUGAGACGGAGCAUCCAGACGAGCGGAGGAGCACCAGUUCUCUUUAUUUAUUACCUUCACAAUGUGUGUGAGUGGGUGUGUGCGUGCGUGCGCGAGUGCCGUGUGCACGAGAAAGCAUAAGCAUCGAGUAUAGAUAUGAAUGCAUGUGAGCAUUAUGAACGGUACCUAAGAUUUCAGGCUAUUAUUUGCAUACGAAUUUUUGUUUACUUUUUAUAAAGUCACUCAUAUAUCACGGUUACAGUAUAAACAAAUGGACUUUACUAUUGGUACAUAGUGUGUUUUGUGUUUGUAACUAGCCUCCUAUUUAAGAAUGUAUAUUUCUAUGUAUGAUAUACUCAUCUAGAAACUAUGUAAUGGACCAUUUUAAUAUUGCUUCAUCUUUUCACCACUUUACUGCUCAUGCCAAGACACACAACUCAACAAACACACAGGAGACGUGCAUACAAGCAAACCUCUUCUAGUAAACAAAAACACUGCAGACCACGAAAUAAUUAGUUUUCCAUUUCUUUCUUACCAGAUUGAACUGUAAUGUGUGGAACCGCAGAGCGAUAGUAAUAAUAAUAAGGUGUUUCUGCUGGUGUAACACAUCCUCUGGCAGCCAUAUUGGAGGUGCUUCUUUAAAACGCUAUUUUACAUGUUAAGAAAUGUUUCAUAUGCAUCUAGUUUAAAGGCUGUACUUCCAUUUAAUGACUGGUGCACGCGGCUGAUAGCUUUAAGCUAGUGGUAAGUCGUGGGUUUGUGUUUUUACUUACCAUUUAAUUAUUGGUGUUUUCCUUAUGGGAAAUAAUAAUAAAAGAUACAUCUGUAAACUGUUGAUACUGCAGAAUACCUCAAACUGCAACCAAGAUCAAUCAUUAUUCUCUGUAUUAAGAGUUUUCCAACAGUUUACAUAACUGUCAAACUUUCCCAGAGGCAAUAAAAGCUAUUUGUAUGUGUGACAUCAUCUCAGUGUAGUCUGUGAGGCCUCUGGGCUGAAGGAAAGAGACUCAUCUGCAUAUACAACGCGCCACACAACACGUACAAAAACUAAAAAGAUCAAAUAUAUUUGCAUAUUUGGUGCACCCAUUAACUAACAAGCCUCACACUUUCUCAUUUGCACUUUGGAAUAGUUGUAGACAGGGGUUUCUAAUAUUUGCUAUUAAUCAUUUUUGUGGACUUUUCAAUAUUUGCAAUGCAACAGAAACGUUUGUGAGUGAAAUAUGAUCAUACCCAUUAGAAUGAUGGCCAAACCCUUGUGGUAAAAUAGUUGAUGUAAUGUUUCAAAUGGACCCCCAUGAGUUCAGUUCAGUCAGCUGGAAGCCCCUCUGACGUAGAAGGUCUCUGCUGGAGAUGUUGACGGUGCACACAUAAGAAACAGGGACAGCACCAACCAGUGUGCAAUAACCUUACUGAGGACAGCUGAAAGUGUGUGUGUGGUUUGUGUUUGUGUGUGUUUUAGUGUAUUAAACACGGGCUAAGCAUUGGUGCUUCCAUCCAUGCAUAUGAGCUAAUGUACAAAGGAUUAAAUACCAAGGCAAUAGUUUGUGUGGCCUGUCGUUGAUUUAGCCCAGGACAAUCCUCCCUUUCACUUUAUCUAAUACCAUCCAAAUAUCUGCAAUAUUCUAUCAGGAUCAGAAGAUUUAUGACAAUAACUGCAGAUUUGUUUAGUUCAUCUGACUAAAUUGAAUGAGUCUUCGUCCGUCUUGCGAGUUAUUCGACUAGUGUUGAUCUGAUAACUACUUGAUUCAAACUUGUCGGUUGUAUUGUUGAGGACUGAAGGAAGUGUUUAGUUUGGAUCAGUGGUCCUAAAGAAUUCUGCCAGCAGCAAUAGUGGAGGCCAAGCAUUCUGCCAAACGGGCCUGAUACGUUUUAAGAUGAAUCAGGAGCUAUUUUUAUCCGGCAAAUUAAACAAGUGUAUGGAUGAGUAAGUUUCAGUGUGUGUAGUGUGUGUGCAGUGUGUGAGAUAUAGGGGUGGUUAACGUUGAUCAAUCCCUCCUCCACAUACAGAGACUGCUCUUACAUGUGUGCCCCUCAACAUCCUACCCUUACUUAACGUUGUCAAACUUUUUAAGACUCAAUACGAAAGUCAGAUGUAUAACGUGAUAUCAUCUGCAAGAAGUUUAUACUAUUUUAUGCUCUUUCUUUUUAUGUUUGGUGUGAAAAUAUCUGAAUAUUACAGCUUAGAUGUAUGGUGAUAAUUGUGAAGUACUAUCAAUACAAUGGCUUCCUCUUUAACAAUAAUAUUGGCACUGCACUGUUGAUUCGCCGAAGAGAGGAGGCUGCAAAUAAACGAUUGAGAACUGUUGAUGGUUAUAAUGUUGCUCCACGGCCUAUCAAACACACUCACACACACAUUUAUAAUAUAGAUGUCUUGCCUGCUAGAUUUCCCUUCAGCUACAGUACAGUGUAACCCUGCAGCCCCCUUUGCUUUGCAGUCUGUUGCAUUCAAGGACAGGGGGGGCAUUCUUCAUGUCUAUCAUUAUAUAACACUCGCGUAAUGUAAUCAUCCCUCUUCUCCAUACCUGCUAUGAAGUGAUAUAUUUCAAAAUGCAUUCCAAAGUUCAGCUGUAACUAAUAUGGGGCUUCCACAGUCUGAGAUAGCCUAACUUGUGGAAGUUAGUUGACACACAUUUCUCUCAAGAAAAAUAGCUCAUAUGUUUCUGUGUUUUUUAAAAUCUUCCAAUGAGUUGGGAGUUCACGAAAAGUAUCAUUUGUAAAGUUUGGCUGAGGUAGAAAACGUAUUGUAUCAACAUAAACAACAUUGACUCAGCAAUGAGAUCAGGAUGUACAUGAAGCUUCACUGAAGAGAGGAAAAAUGAAACCAAAAUAAAUUCUGUAGUAUAUGGAAAGGACUUUGACUAGCAUCUUGUUGUGCUGAAUAUUAUUUGUGGCUGAACUUUGGAUUGGAUUUGUGCGCAGAACAAUGACUGUAGACUUUUCCUAUAACUCUUACAGUAUAACAACUUCAGUUAAGAUUAACAAAAAAUAUAUAUCUGAUCUUAUCAUUUAAAGGAGGGAAAGCAAUGAUGAGAAAGAAUCUGAUCAUGAAGUGCUCUGACUGAGUUCCACAGAGAGGGUAGUGGCUCUGAGGCUAAAUAAACCAUUGAAACCAAAACAGCGUUUUGAAAAUGCACUUUAAAUAAAAAUCAGUUUUCCCUACAUUCCAACCUGUAUGGUCCCUUUUAUGCACUUGCUUUACCCUUAAUGAUAAAUAUAUAUAUAUAAAUAUAAAUACACAUGUAUACAGUGUACUGUAUAACUAUCUUGCUUUUCCUGACGCAAAGCAAACCAGCCCAUCUUACAAAUGUAAAUAUCAUCCCUCGAUUUGAACCUUUACCACAGAUUGAGGAGAGCUCAUAGAAACGCUGUACUGGAAGAUAUCUCGCAGGUUCUUACUGUCAUCCCCAGGCUGAGAUUGUGCGGCAGAAAAAAAGGGGAGGAGAGGGGUGGGUAAAGCUAGCGAAGCGCCAUGACAGAAGAGGGUUAAUACCAUGGAGCUAUGCCUCGUGGCUGGGCAGUGUCGACGGCAGUAUUAGCAGCUGAAUUAUUAUGUUGGCAUGAUUCUCCUUUCGGUGGGGCACACAUCGCUUUGUUUGCCCCUCAACACUCUUACUAGUCUUGUACAAAAACGUAUAUUUUUUAGUCCUGUGUGAGCUGAGUUCCUAAAGGCACUUAAAUGUUAGUCAUAUAUUUCAUUAAAAAAAGUCAAGGAAAGACUGGUGGAGUUGCACAUAUAGCACUGUGACAGAAAACAUGAUAAUACUAGAAAGGUCAUAGGUGGAAAUGGAUCAGUUGGUGACACACCUUCAAUGAAGGCAAAACGUGAUGCUUCCACUUUGUUUGUAUACAGGGUUUCAAAGGUCCCCUUCCCUAAAUGCUAUCAAAGAGAAAUCAUAUCUGUUUUUUGGCUUUCUUUAUCUCGAGGAGGGGGGUGGUCUUGGUAGGAAAAACAUUUGGAACACUUCCAACGUGCAUCCUCGCUGUGCUGAACAAUGAAUCUGUGUUUGCAACUUUUUUCAAUGAAGCUUCUCUUGCGUUUUCUUUUUGUAUGCUGCACUGAAAAUAGAUGAUUUUCACUAGUGGUUUGGAAAACAGAAGUGUUGUCGGUCACUUCAUCCAGUGAACAAUAUAGUAUACAGUAGAAUAGCUGUUGCAUUAUUUGUUACGACCCGUAUGUACUGUUAUUAUGGAAGAUGUAAUGUCCUUCUGUAAAUGUUGUUUAAUGUUGUUUUACCUGAAAUAAAAUGUAUUAAUGCUU